AGAUGGAUAAUAGAUUAGUUAGAAUAUUAUUCUCAUUUUAGGCAUAAUAUAUAUAUAUAUAUAUAUAUGUAUACAUAUAUUUUGGUAGAAAUUGAUUGAUAAAUGGUUGCUUAGCAACAAUUAUGAUAUUUAAAUUGUUACGUGUCAAAUCCCUUUUGUUUCAACCGAUUGAAAGCCCUCUACAUUUGAAGUCAACAACUCAAAUGUAUAAAAUAAUAAUAAAUAAAUAAAUAAAUGAAUGACUCUCUGGUUCUUAAUUGUAAAACAAGCUCUCAUCAGUCAUCAAACACACCUAUACGAUUAGAAUAUUUAGUCAAAAACCUCAUUUAUGUGAAAGUACCUUAAAAGUUUCCCUGUUAGAUCAUGGAUAGAAGGCUGUUGGAAGCUGCUCAGACUGGAAAUAUCAGUUUCUUACACCACUUGCUUGCUGAAAAUCAUUACAUACUUAAUACCAUCGCUCUAAAUUCUGAACAGAAUCCGUUACACAUCGCUUCCACUGCCGGUCAUGUUGAGUUUGUCAAGGAGAUUUUAAGGUUGAAACCCAGUUUCGCUGAAGAAGUAAAUCAGGAUGGUUUUAGCCCCUUGCAUUUGGCGUCUGCUAUCGGGCACUUUGAGAUUGUCAAAGAGCUGCUGAAACUUAAUCCGAAACUCUGUUGUUUAGAGGGAAGGAAUAGAUGGACAGCUCUACAUUAUGCGGCUAGCAGAGGGAGGGUAGACAUCAUUCGAGAAAUGCUAUUAGCUUGUCCUGAGAGCAUUGAAGAUGUGAAUGUGCAAAAAGAAACAGCUUUGCACGUUGCUGUUAAGAACAGCCAAUUUGAAGCAAUUCAUUUCAUGGUCAAACGGGUCAGAGAAAUGAAGAAAGAUGAAAUCUUCAAUAUGAAAGAUGAACUUGGCAAUUCUAUUCUUCAUCUUGCAACAUGGAGAAAAGAGCGCCAGGUUGUAGAAUGGAUACUAGACGGCUAUACUGGAGGAGCUAAUGCAAUAGUUGAGUUGGUAAACGUUGUGAACCAGAGUGGUCUGACAGCCCUUGAUGUUCUACUAAUCUUCCCAAGCGAAGCCGGCGACAGAGAAAUUGAGGAGAUACUAAAGGCUGCAGGAGGCAGGAGAGCAAGAGAUAUGAGCCUGUCUUCUACACCUUCAUUUGAAAAUAAUUCAACCACAAUAACAGAUCUUUCUGCAGAUAAUUUGGUGGAGCAUUUCAAAUUCAAAAGAGGCAGAAAUUCUCCAAGCGAUGCUCGAACCGCACUAUUAGUAAUGGCGGUAUUAGUAGCAACAGCAACAUUUCAGGCUGGACUCAACCCUCCAGGCGGUGUUUGGCAAGACACAACCUUAGAUGGUAGUCCUGGAAAUCCAUCACAUGAUGCAGGGAGGUCCAUUUUGGGUUCUUACAAAUCAGUUAAGUAUCUCCUUUUUAUGCUUUUCAACACUAUUGGUUUCUCAGUGUCCAUUUAUGUGAUAGCUAUCCUCAUUAGCAAUUUUCCAUUCAAGUGGGAGUUUCGAGUCUGUAUAGUUGCCAUCAACUUUACAUACGUCACCGCCAUAACUUUCAUGGCACCGAGGAACAUGUGGCUCCCUCUCAUUGUGUUUUCCAUAGUUUUUCCAUUUUUGGUACCGCAUGUAUUCAAGUUGUUUGUAAGACUUGUAAAGUUACUCAAGAGGAUUUCUGAGAUAUCUGGAAUACAGAAUCAUUUCAACACAGUUUCAGAAUUGUUCUGGUACUAGAACUAUUUGUGUCAGUAUUUGUACCUAGUUUUGAUGUAUCGCAUGGCAUUAUGUUUACUAUUUUAUUAUUAUUAUUAUUAUUAUUUUGUUUGCUGGUGUGGCUAUGCCCCAGGCUCUAACCCGCACCACAG